CCCAGCUAUGCGCUAACUUCCUCUCUCUCUUUUCCCUGAUAGAAUGCGGUCUGCCAAAGCGGUCGUUUCAGAAAAACUCGCACGCCUCGGCUCUACCAAUAUGUCGUACAGCACAGGAAGCGGGAUUCAGCGCCCACCGCAUACCAUCACCUCACUACGGCGUUGGUCUAUUGUGAACAAGGAGUUGCCGGCUGUUUCUCAAAUUCGCGCAAUUCACGUCUACGAUUUCGAUAACACCUUAUUUCUAAGUCCCCUACCAAAUCCUCAGUUAUGGCAUGGCUCCUCAAUCGGUUUCCUUCAGACCAAUGAUAGUUUCGCAACUGGAGGAUGGUGGCACGACCCCAACAUUCUCGCCGCUACAGGAAAAGGCAUCGAGAUAGAAGAGCCUCGCAAAUGGGAAGGCUGGUGGAAUGAGCAAAUUCUUAGUUUGGUUAGGAAUAGCAUGGAGCAGAAAGAUGCGCUCACGGUGUUGCUGACCGGUCGAAGUGAGGCCGGAUUUUCAGAGAUCAUCAAGCGGAUGGUCGCCAGUCAAAGUCUGGAAUUUGAUCUGAUUGGUCUCAAGCCCGAAGUUGGUCCAAAUGGUCAACGGUUUGCGACGACGAUGAACUUCAAACAGAACUUCCUUGAGGAUCUUGUUUUCACUUACGAGCAGGCUGCGGAAAUCCGCGUCUACGAGGACCGUGUCAGGCAUGUGAAAGGGUUCCGAGACUUCUUUGAGGGUCUGAACAGAGACCUUCAAAGUGGACCUUCUAGUGAACGCAUGCCCAUCCUUGCCGAAGUCAUCCAGGUAACUGAGGGCUGCACAUACCUCGAUCCCGUAACUGAGACUGCUGAGGUGCAGCGCAUGGUCAAUGCCCACAACCUCACACUGCGCAACCCUGCCUUGAACGUAACCAAGAGCCGCUGUGGACGGAUGUAUAUCAAGCGAGUUGUGUUCUACACGGGAUAUCUGCAUGACGCAGAAUUUGCUGGCUCCAUUACUCCCCCAGGGCUUGCUGAAUCAAAUGACCUGAAGUACAUGGCUAACAGCAUCCUAAUUACCCCACGCCCAGCGCCCCGUUCAAUCCUCGACAAGGUUGGAGGCAUGGGGAAGAAACUAAAGUGGCAGGUUACCGGAACCGGGAACCUGGAGAACAAGAUAUGGGCGGCCCGCGUGGCGCCUAUCCCAGCAACAGAAGCAUAUCACACUGAGAACCCACUGCCAAUUGUAGUACUGGCUGUUCGGAAAGGCGCUCGUCUCAUCGAUGCAGGGAAGAUCCAAAACUGGCACCCCAUUCCGGCGGACAGGGCCAUGACGUUUGACACUGUGGUCGGCGAGAAGGUUGUCCUACGAGUUGAAGACACCGGAGAACACCGCCAAGGCGAACAAUCCUUGAACAGGAGUCAAAAGAGACGCUUCCAGCAGGAGGACGAAAAUGUCGUCUGGCCGCCCAGUCAAAACACCGGCUUUGAGGGCCCAUCUCAUUCCCGCGGCAACUACUCCUCUCAGCGCGGCGGAGGUGAUGGGCGUCAGCAAUAUGAUGAUAGUUCGCGAGGAAGAGGAGCCCAUCGUGGUCGUGGCAGAGGUUCCGGACGUGGGCGCGGUAACAACACCCGAGGCCGUGGCCGAGGCCGUGGUCGAGGUGAAUACUACCAGUACAGGUCGCUGGAUGACCAUAGCAAUGGAUAUGACGGUGCAUAUGAUGGCAAGGGAGGACAAAAUGGUGGAGUUGGAAGAGGGGGUUACUCCAUGGACUAUUGA